AUGAUUAUUGGUGUUGCACAAAUGGAGCUACAAUUGAGCAAAUUACAGUAUUCACAAGAAGAGGUCAGAGCUAAAAAGACGGCAGCUAAAACUUGUCUAUUGCCACCAAAUUAUUUCCAAGAAGAAGAGAUGGAAUCUGAGGAGUUAAUGUCCUCUCUGCCAAAAGAAAAAGGAUGGAUGUACUCUUAUCUAUAUAAAUUCCAAGGCUUCUGGUAUGGUGCUAAACAUCUUCAAGGUGCCAUUAAAUGUCAAAAACAAUUCCAGGCACAGAAUUCUGAUGUUCUCCUUAUUACCUCCCCUAAAUCAGGAACUACAUGGUUGAAGGCAAUCAUUUUCACCUUAGUGAACCGAACCCGAUAUCCUGUUGAGAAAAAUCACCCAUUACUCAACAAGAAUCCUCAUGAUCUCGUGCCAUUCUUGGAAGCAAAUCUUUAUGAUAAUCAAAUCCAAGAUCAGUCAUCUUUUAGGCUUUUUGCCGCUCAUGUACCCUAUCAUUCCCUGCCAAAAACAGUGCACGAUUCUGCAUGCAAGAUUAUUUAUCUUUGUAGGAACCCCAAGGACACUUUUGUGUCCCUUUGGCACUUCUCAAACAAUUUAAAGCCCGAUAAGACUGGCACGAAUUCGCUCGAAGACGCUUUUGACCUGUUUUGUAGAGGAGUGAGCCCAUGUGGACCCUUUUGGGAUCAUGUGUUAGAUUAUUGGAAAGAAUUCAAGGAAAAUUCUGAGAGGAUACUGUUCUUGAGGUACGAGGAUAUGAAAGAAGAGCCUGGUGUUCAUCUCAGACGUCUCGCCCAGUUCUUGGGAUGCCCAUUUUUAGCAGUUGAAGAAGAAACGGGAAUGGUGGAAGAAAUCUUGAAACUGUGUGGCUUUGAUAAUUUAAGCAAGCUAGAAAUCAACAGGACUGGCAAGUUAGCAAAUGGUGUGGAAAAUAAAGCAUUCUUUCGCCGAGGUGAGGUUGGAGAUUGGAAGAAUCUUCUACCCAUAAGCAUGGUGAAGACAAUUGAUCAAAUUACUGAACAAAAGUUCAGUGGAGUCGGAUUAGUAUUGUGAAAAUAAUAAUGAAAGAGAACUUUGUUGCCAAAAAACUAUCAUUUUCGUGAUCUUCUGCCUAUAUCCUAAGCUUGUUGUUUAGUAAAUAUUUCAUUCGAAAUAAGGUUGAUCUUGUCUUAA